UUCCCCCGGCCGGGCUCUCACCCAGGGCGGGCAGCGGCGCGGGGCAAGCGGCGGAGCGCGGCGGGGCUGCGGGGCGGCGCAGGCAGCGGCGGGGGCAGCCGCGGCGGGGCCUUGUCGGGAGCGCAGCGCGGCAGCCGCCAUGGAGGAGCUGGACGCGGAGCCGCCGCUGAUGGUGGUGCCGGGCGCGGACCCGUCCGCCAGGCAGCUCUGCUUCGCCUGGGGCCCCGCGGAGGUGCUGGUGUGCGAGACACGCUUCGACCGCACAGGUGGGUCCCGGCCGGGGCGGGCUGGAUCGGGCCCCUGUGCCCCGGCGCUGAGCGCGUGUGUUGCAGGUAGCGCGGAUGGAGGAGCGAGCGCGUCCCGCGUCUUCGUGGUCCGCAAGGAUGAGGACAUCUACAUCCACACCCUGCGGAAACUCUUCAAUGAGUCGCACGGGAUCUUCAUCGGGCUGCAGCGGAGCGAGGAGGAGCUGGCGGGGAAGGCGAGGAAAGCGCAUUUGGUUCAAGUGAGUAAAAACUACCGCUCGGUGAUCAGAGCCUGCAUGGAGGACAUGCACCAGGCGGCUGUUUCAGCCCGGGACCCUGCCCUGCAAAACCAGUACAGCACCCAGGUUUCCAUCCUGUCUGCGAUGGAGCUGAUCUGGAACCUGUGUGAGAUUCUGUUUGUUGAAGCAGCUGCAGCUGGCCCCCUCCUGCUUCGCCUCCUCGACUGGGUUCGACUUCAUGUCUGUGAUGUGGACAACAUGGUCCGUGAAGUUCUGAGCAGUGAAGAUCCAUCGAAACACGAGCUCUUCUGGAAUGUGGUGGAUGUCUUUGUGCUGCAAGGCCGAAUGGAUGAAGCACGGCACUUGCUCUCCAAGGAAGCCAGUGCCAAUCCCACAUCAAUGCACAUGUACAGAAUCCUGGAUGACUUGAUGAAGAAGAUGCCUGUGCCCAGUCUUAACAACACCCAGACACUGACCGAGAUGGAGCUGAAAUGGCAGCACUGGCAUGAAGAAUGUCAGCGGUAUCUACAGGAUGGAACUUUUGCUUCCAAUUCCCACAUGGAAUCCAUCUGCAAGAUCCUGCUGGGAGAUGAGGAUGCCAUACUGGAGAAGAAGGAACUCAUGACCACCUGGUACCACUUCCUGGUUACCCGACUCCUGUAUUCCCACCCAACGGUGAAGCCGAUGGAGCUGCGGUUUUAUGCACAGUCUAGCAUGGACCUGUUCCUGGGAGGAGAAUGCAGCCCUGAGCCUCUAGACACGAUUUUAAUGGCAGCCUUUGAAUUUGAGAUUCAUCAAGUGAUCAAGGAAUGCAGCAUUGCCCUGAGCAACUGGUGGUUUGUGGCUCAUCUGACUGACCUGCUGGACCACUGUAAGCUCCUGCAGUCUCACAACCUGUAUUUUGGUUCAAACAUGCGUGAAUUCCUCCUGCUGGAGUAUGCCUCAGGACUCUUCUCCCACCACAGCCUAUGGCAGCUGGGGGUCGAUUACUUUGACUACUGCCCUGAGUAUGGCAGAGUGUAUUUGGAGCUUCACAUUGAACGGAUACCCCUCAACACGGAACAGAAGGCUCUCAAAGUGCUGAGGAUCUGCGAGCAGAGGCAGAUGCAGGAGCAAGUCCGUAGCAUCUGUAAGAUCAUGGCCAUGAAGGCGCUGCGGAAUAACCGCUUGGGCUCUGCACUGUCCUGGAGCAUCAGAGCUAAAGAUGCAGCUUUUGCUACACUCAUCUCAGACCGCUUCCUUAAGGAUUACUGUGAAAGGGGGAGCUUCUCUGACCUGGACCUCAUUGAUAACCUGGGACCAUCCAUGCUGCUCAGUGACCGACUGACGUUUCUUGAUGAUACCAGUGUCUCUGAGCCACUCAUGCUGUUGCCCAGUGAACACCCAGCACCAGACAGCACCAGCAAGUACCGGGAAUUCCACCGGCUCUACGGGGAGAAGCGGUUCUCGGAGGCUGCCAGGCUGCUCUUGAUGCUGAUGACAGCUCACAUCGCUCCCUGCUCCUUCUGGAUGACCCUGCUGACAGAUGCCCUUCCCCUGCUGGAGCAGAAAGAGGUCAUAUUUUCAGCAGAGCAGACGUACGAGUUGAUGCGGUGCCUGGAAGACCUGACAGCAGGGAAGUCGGACAAGCAGAAAUUCCAGGAGGACAGCGUUGAGACGAUGAAAGUGGAAAUGCUGAGACUUGCUCUUGCACGGAACCUUGCACGAGUCAUCGUCAAGGAAGGCACGCUGGAAGCAUCCUGAAGUCAGUGCGAUUUUGUUCUUCCGCUGUGGUUCACUGUACAUAAACCCAAGUGCUUUUCUAAGAAUAAAUGCCUUGUUUUGCA